UCAUAUAUAGUGGUCGCUACGAAUCUUCAUUAACUAAAUAUUACGAUUUUAUUUAUUUUCUUGAAGAUAAAAAUAUUUAAUCGUGUGCGACAAUAUUUAUAGUGAUCAUUUGUGGAAUUUUAGUGAACGUUGUGUUCUGGAAAUCAAUAUAUAUUAUUUUGUGGGAUCGAUUCGAACAGGUGAUGCCGUGUUAUACACCCCGGAUGGAUCGAUAUCGGUGACUUUGUGUUUGUAAAUUUACUUGGUGUCGUCGAGGGGUAGUGGAAGAUGGAGAAGUCAGCGCGGCCACGGACGGCCUUAAACGAGUGUGUGAAGGUAGUGGUUCGGUGUCGGCCACUCUCCGAAAGAGAGAAAAAAGAGGGCUAUGAUGAGGUGUCAAAGAGGCGAGCGGAGAUGAAAUGGUUCGAGCGGCUGUCUUCGAAUACAAAGUCUAUCGUGCCCGACAAAAAGUUUGACGGACCUUUACAGGUGGUGAAGAUGUGGCCGGAGCGCGGCACCGUGCAGGUGUACAACCCCAAGGGUGAAGACAAGAUGUUCACAUACGACGCCGCCUACGACGCAGCCGCAGACACGCAGACCCUCUACGACGAGAUGUUACGCCCUCUGGUCGCGUCCGUGCUGGACGGGUUCAACGGCUGCGUGUUCGCAUACGGCCAGACGGGUACGGGCAAGACGCACACGAUGGAAGGCACCGCCGAGGACGAGGGCGUGAUCCCGCGCGCCUUCCGCCACAUCUGGUCACAUAUUGAGAACAACGCGUCGCCGGAUGUUACUCACCUGGUGGCCUGCUCCUACGUGGAGCUGUACCUCGAGGACGUCAGGGAUCUGCUGUCCAAGGAUAACAAGAAGCUGACCAUCAGGGGCCAGGAACUGAACGGGUUCUACAUCCCCGAGAUGACAUCAGUGGUGUGCAAGUCCGCCGCGGAGAUGGUGCGCGUCAUGAAGGCUGGCAACAAGAACCGAGCCGCCGGCCGCACCGACAUGAACGAGCACUCUUCGAGGAGUCACGCGGUGUUCCUCGUCACCGUGGAGACGGCGCAUCGCAAGACCAACCGCAUACGAGUGGGCAAGCUGAAUCUGGUGGACUUGGCGGGGAGCGAGCGGCAGCGCAAAACUGGUGCCUCCGCGGACCGUCUGCGAGAGGCGUCACGGAUCAACCAGGCUCUCUCCUCGCUAGGGAACGUCAUCUCCGCACUCGCUGAGAACAGCCCACAUGUACCCUACAGGGACUCGAAGCUGACUCGCAUCCUGCAGGACUCGCUGGGCGGCAACAGUAAGACCAUCAUGAUCGCCAACAUCGGCCCGGCGUCGUACAACUACGACGAGACCAUCACUACCCUCAGAUAUGCACACCGCGCCAAAGCGAUAAAGAACAAGCCGGUCCGCAACGAGGACCCGAAGGACGCGAAGCUGCGCGAGUACCAGGCGGAGAUCGAGCGGCUGCGGGCGCUCAUCCAGCAGCGGCGCGAGACCGAGCCGCGCGUGCGCAAGGCCCCGCGCCCGCCCCGCGCCCGCGGCCCCGCCCGCGCCCCGCCGACGCCCCCCACGGUCAAAGAAGAAACAGUCAGCAUCGAAAACGAACACAUAAUAGCAGAAUCCACAAUAGAGCAAGAGAAAUGCAAGACGGAAGAGUUGGAGACACAAAUCAAAUCGUUAGAAGAACGGCUAGUGCAGGGCGGCGGGGGAAAGGAUCUUAUCAAUAACCUGAACGAGAGCCAAAUCAUCCUGGAACAGAGGAACAUGGAGAUAGCGGAGAGGAAGAAGCGGGAGGUGGAAAUGCAGCAGAAGAUAGACCUCGAGGAGGAGACUACGGCGAUUGUGACGAACACGUUCACCACUUUGCAGCAAGAGGUCGACCACAAAACACAAAGGUUAAAAAAGUGCCUGUCGAAGUACGCGAGCCUGCGCGAGGAGAUGGUGGAGCAGCGCGAGGCGCACGACGGCGAGCGGCGCGAGCACGAGGCGCUGCAGGCCGCGCUCAUCGGGGAGCUGCGCCGCCGCCUGCUGCUCGCCGACAGCUUCGUGCCCGAGGCCGGCCGCGCCACCGUGCUGCGCCUGCGCUACGACGACGACGCCGAGCUCUGGCGCCCGCCCGACGCCGCCCCCGCGCCCCCGCCGCCCCCGCCGCCCCCGCCCCGCCCGCGCGCGCCCCCGCUCCGCCUGCAGCCGCUGCCCCUGCCGCCCACCACGCGCGCCUACCGCCGCCCCCCGCAGGUACCGGAGGCACCGGUGAAGAAGGAGCCCGAGAUGGAGCCGGCGCCGCGCAAGCCCACCGCGCGUCCCCGGCCCCCCACCGCGCACCACCGCCUCGGCACCGCCGGCGGACGGUAGGCGCCGACCGUCCGACACUCGCAGCCACUCUCAGCCACUCUCCGCCACUCUCCGCCACUCUGCGCCACUCUGCGCCACCGUCCGCCCAGCGCGGUGUACUCUCCGCUGUUCAAUUAUUCAAACUAGGAAGUGUAGGGCAUGAUACUUUCAUUCCCAUUUAUUUUAUUUUAUUUAUUUAAAUGAAUUUUUAAUGACAUAUUGUAAUGCAAAGGUACUAGGAGAGUAAAACCAAAUAGGAGGUCAAUUACAGUUGUAACCCCACACUUUCUCCCAGUGGUUCAAAGUUUGACUGAAAAUCUUAUAUUCUAAUUCU